CCGGGAGUCAAAAUUCGGUCCGAAGCUGCUCCUCGAGCAGGGACGGGGGGGGCCUUGUCGGUUCGAGAGCGAGAGCGCAAAAGGCACCCGUCUCCUGACUCUUGGGAGUACAGCGCGCGCUAUGGGCCGAGAGUAACGCGAUGGGUAUGUGCCCCUUUCGGGGGAGUUGCCAUGCUGAAGCUGAGACGGUGAAACCCCCGUGUUCGUGGGCGGUCGUCUGCCGAAUCAGCAGUUUGUUAUGUUGCUUUCAGAUGAGGGCGGAAAUGUUUCUGCGAAAAGCUUCCCACUUCCUCUCCCCCGCUGCGUACGGGGGGGGGCUUGGUUUGCAUAACCUGGUAAGCAGGCCAGCUUAGAACCGAAAACAGGAGUGUCCUCGAGAAUCAAGCUCGGCGUCAGAAGAAGAGACUUCCGCCUCUGUCAGAGUCAUACCUUGGGCUGGAGAGGGAAAAAAAACUUUACUAGGAUGCUGGAAUUGGCGCUUUGUCCGUUUGGACGAACCUUCCAAUAACCUCGAUCCGAGUGGGUGCUAGAGAGGGCAUGGCAAGUCAAACCGGCAUCCGGCGGUGGAUGGCCUCGGCGUGUUGAAGUAAACUUCAGGUCAUCCUGGGUGGGCU